GGAGCGACUGGCCAAAGUGAAAAGGCAUAUUUUUGUAAACCUCUAGAAUAUAAAUUAGGAAAACAGUGGGGCAUUCACAAAUUUUUAUAUAUACCCAACUCCCCAAAGGCACUUUUGGGAAGGGACUUGUUGGAACAAUUGGGAGCAAAAAUUGUAUUCGAAAAGGGAGAAAUUACUCUGGAGGUAAAAGAUCAGCAAUAUAUUCAAAUAUUGAGCCUAACCUUAACCAGUCUACCCCUAGAAGGAAGCAUUAACGAGGACAUCUUAAACCAAGUGUACCCGGGGGUAUGGGCUACCGAUGUACCUGGAAGAGUGAAAAGUGCUCCACCUGUUGAAGUUAGGAUCAAGGAAGGCCGAAAGCCAGUAAGAAUUAAACAAUAUCCCCUAAAGAAGGAAGACAGAGAAGGAAUCCGGCCGGUGAUAGAAAAAUUUUUGCAGUUGGGAUUAUUAAAAGAGUGUGAGUCUGAAUUCAAUACCCCUAUAUUACCUGUUCGGAAGCCCGAUGGGUCAUAUCGGGUGGUCCAAGACUUACGGGCGGUGAAUAAGAUAACUGAAGAUCUUUACCCAGUAGUGGCGAACCCGUAUACUCUGUUGACCGUAUUAACACCUGAAUUGACUUGGUUUACUGUUUUAGAUUUGAAGGAUGCUUUCUUUUGCCUCCCUCUCCAUGAGGCCAGCCAAAAAUUAUUUGCAUUCGAAUGGGAAAAUCCCAAGAGUGGUAGAAAGACCCAGCUCACUCAGACGGUGUUGCCACAAGGAUUUAAGAAUAGUCCCGCCAUUUUCGGCAAUCAGCUUGCGAAAGACUUAGAAUCCUGGGAAACCCCGUCUGAGGAGGGAAAGCUGUUGCAGUAUGUGGGUGAUAUCCUGAUCACCACCAAAACAGAGAAAGAUUGUAUGACAUGGAUGGUGAGUCUGUUGAAUUUCCUGGGACUCCAGGGGUACCGGGUAUCCAAGAAGGCGGCACAGGUAAUGCAACGUAAAGUGAAUUAUUUGGGCUAUGAAAUUAGUGCGGGACAAAGAACUCUGGGACAAGCCCGUAAAGAGGCAAUAUGCCAAAAUCAGAAACCUCAGACAGUAAAAGAGUUACAGACUUUUCUGGGAAUGACGGUGUGGUGCCGAUUGUGGGUCUAUAAUUAUGGAUUGCUUGUUAAACCACUGUAUGCGUUGACAGCCACUGAGCAGAAACACCUUGAGUGGAACAAGGAGACCGAACGAGCCUUUGAGCUACUGAAAAAGGCUUUGAUGUCGGCCCCGGCCUUAGGACUCCCAGAUCUUCUUUUCUCAGCAGGAACACAGGAGAACCGGUACAUCAUGACUGUUUGGAAACCAUCAAAGCAACAUACGCAAGCCGCCCAGACCUGAAAGACAGCCCCAUGGAAAACGGGGAAACUUGGUUCACAGACAGAAGCAGUUACGUCCUAAAUGGUAAUCGACAUGCAGGAUACGCCGUCACCACCAGCCAAGAGGUAAUAGAAUCAGGGGCUUUGCCCAUGAACACCUCCGCACAGAAGGCAGAAAUAAUUGCUCUAACCUGCGCCCUGGAAUUGGCCCAGGGCAAAGUUGUGAACAUUUAUACAGACUCAAAAUAUGCAUUUGGAGUUGUACACGCACAUGGAGCAAUUUGGAAGGAGAGAGGACUAUUGAGUUCUCAAGGGAAAAACAUCAAACACGCAGAAGAAAUUCUGAAGUUACUGGAAGCUGUCCAGCUCCCUAAGAAAGUAGCAAUUAUGCAUAUUAAGGCACACCAGAAAGUGAGCUCAGAUUUGGAAA